UGUCACUGUUAAUAUUUCGCGAAGCCCUCACUCUCUCCGCUUUGCAUCAUUAAUCUCUGAACCGUUUGCGCGAUCGAAAUUCUUUACGAUGUCGUCGGGGCAAGUGGUUAAGCGUGCCAAAUACAAAGCCACUGUCAAAGACCCUGGCACCCCCGGCGUCCUCAAAUUGACACGAGAAAAGCUCGCUUUCAGGCCCAAUGAUCCUACCUCAGGCAACAAGCUCGAUGUGGAGUUCAGAUUUAUAAAGAGUCAUAAACACACUAAAGAGGGAUCAAACAAACCACCAUGGCUCAACCUUACCCAUGCGCAGGGAAGUUACAUCUUUGAGUUAGAAAGUUUUCCAGAUCUUCAUGUUUGCCGGGAAUUGGUGGGUGUUGCUCUUAGCAAGCAUGGAGAAGCUACAAAAGUUAUUUCUGAGGAACAGCUGAGUGCUGCUGAAAUGACACUCAGAAUUAAGCUAUUGCAAGAAGAUAGCAAGUUGCAGAAGCUUCAUAGGGAACUUGUGUCUAAUGGUAAGCUUACAGAAUCAGAAUUUUGGGCUACAAAAAAGAGAUUGCUAGAUCAAGAUGAAAGCAGAAAGUCAAAACAACGGAUUGGUUUUAAAAAUUCUUUGAUCUUCGACACAAAGCCUACGAGUGAUGGACGGAUAAACCAGGUUAAAUUUCAAUUGACACCAGAGAUAAAAUAUCAGAUUUUUGCCCUCAAACCUGCUGUCCACCAGGCAUUUAUCAAUUUUGUACCUAGUAAGAUGAAUGAGGUGGAUUUCUGGAAUAAAUACUUCAAAGCUGAGUAUCUCCAUAGUACCAAAAAUGCUGUUGCAGCAGCUGCUGAGGCUGCUGAAGAUGAGGAUCUUGCUGUUUUUUUGAAAGAUGAUGAGAUAUUAGAAAUUGAAGCUCGAAAGAAGGUUCGACGGGUUGAUCCAACAUUAGACAUGGAAGCAGACCAAGGAGACGAUUACACUCAUCUUCCUGAUCAUGGGAUCUUCCGUGAUGGUAGCAAGGAAAUAUCUGAAGUACAACAUCCUAUGUGUAAGAGAACAUUGUUGCAAGAUCUUAACAGACAAGGUGCAGUUGUUCUUGAAGGAAAAAAUUUAGAUAUGGAGUUGGAACACCCAAGAACAGUAGCAGAAGUUCUUGCUCGAAGAAAACAGGAAUCUGAUGGGGUUAUAGAGGAGGAGCGACGAAACAGAAUUUCUAAGAUGACCCAGAUUGAGGAUCUUCAGGCACAAGAUAAUCAUCCAUAUGCACCACUCUGUAUCAAGGAUCCCCGUGACUAUUUUGAUUCCCAGCAAGCUAAUGCCGUAAAGGCUUUGGAUGAUUCCCAAGCUGGAAUGGAGCAAAUACGAUGCAGUUUGGGUGCUGAGGAAGCCUAUGGCUCUAUGAGAGCAUCUAUAUCUAAGAUCAAAGCUAAUGGAUUAAGGGAUCCUCUAUUUAGUCCUGAGGUUUCUCUUAAGGUUCUUAGUGGAUUGACCAAAAAUAUCUCAAGCACCAAAUCCCAUCAUGGGAAAAGUUCUCAGGAGAGUGUCCUUGAUAUAUUGCCCAGUACAACUAAGGAGAAACUACUAGAUCAUUGGGUAUGCAGUCAAGAACUGCUGAGGCACUUUUGGUCUUCAUAUCCAGUUACAACACAAAACCUUAUUAAUAAGACAAAAAGACUGAAAGAUGCCAUAUCACAAAUAUAUUCUAAACUUGAGGAAAUAAAGGUAUCUGCACAGUCAGACCUGCGGCACCAAGUUUCCCUUGUUGUCCAUCCUAUGCAGCAGGCUCUGAAUGCUGCCUUAUUACAUUAUGAUGCUGACAAUAGGAAAAGAAAUGCAAGAGGACCAAAGCCUAAUGGUUAUGUCUAGGAGAAUGUUUUGCCUCUGCGCAUUUGGAGCAUCAUGCUGUAACAAUUUAGGAAUGUAUAUUCCGUCAAUUUUGCCGUGAUCUCAAACCCAUAUGGCUAUUUAUCACUAUAUAGUGAUGAAAUG